AUGGUUCAAUUGGCGCCUUUACUCUGCACUCAAAUUUUGAGGAAAUUUAAAUUUCCCUCCCACAACUUCUAUUUACUUUUCUUCUUUCUUUUCUUUCUCUCCCGAAGCCUGGGUCUUCUUCAACCCGUCGCCGUCCUUCAACAGCAACCCCAAAUCUCUCCAGCGGUUGUCGUCGUCCCUGUGCUUAGCAAGGUUCCUCUGCACCAUAGGGAUCUUUCUGUUGAAGGAAGAGGGAUUUCUAUCAGAGCCCAAAUGAUUUUUAGAAAGACAAUGCUCAACGAUUGCAUAACAAUUUUAAAGAACUAUUGGAUAAAUGUGAAGGACUACCCAUGAAAGAAAUGGUCUCAAAACUAAUGACAAACACAAUGUGAAGAAGAAUAAUAUUCCAUGAAAAAAAACUUUCAUGUGAUUUGAUUUGUAAUUUUUUUUAUUAUAUGAAUAAUGGCCCAUUAUAUCAUAUUUAUUAUUAAUUUAUAUUUUAUAUUUUUUAAUUGUG